CCCUCACAGUCCCUGCUUCGGGGGGGAGGGGGGCCUCCUGCACCUGCAUGUGUACCAGGGUACCAGCACUCCAGGACCCCCCUUGUGCAGCAUCCCUGGGCUCCAUUGUGCAGCAUGCUCUGUGAAGGAGAGGAGAUGCUGCUCCUGAUCCACUGACAGCCCAGCAGAAGCAUCGUGGACUCUGAAGGAGACGACGGAAUUCCACCCAGUUCCAACAAUGCCUGUGAGAAGAGGGCAUGUGGCCCCACAAAACACAUUUCUGGGAACCAUUAUCAGGAAAUUUGAAGGGCAGAAUAAAAAAUUCAUUAUUGCAAACGCCAGGGUGCAGAACUGUGCAAUUAUUUACUGCAAUGACGGAUUCUGCGAAAUGACAGGAUUCUCAAGGCCCGAUGUCAUGCAGAAACCAUGCACUUGUGACUUCUUACAUGGACCGGAGACCAAAAGGCAUGACGUUGCUCAGAUAGCUCAAGCUUUGCUGGGGUCAGAAGAACGGAAAGUCGAGGUCACCUAUUAUCACAAAGACGGAUCCACGUUCAUCUGCAGCACACAUGUCAUACCAGUCAAGAACCAGGAAGGUGUAGCGAUGAUGUUCAUCAUUAAUUUUGAUCACGUGACAACGGAUGAAAGCCCAAGUUCUCCAGAUAAAUUAAGCCAAAUUCUUCCAAUCAAGGCAGAAAAUCGUAAAUUGUUUGGAUUCCGGUUACCAUCACUGAGACUUUUACAUUACAGAAAGCAGUCCUUACCGCAGGAAGAUCCCGAUGCCGUCAUAGUGGACUCGUCCAAGCACAGUGAUGACUCUAUGGCUAUGAAGCACUUUAAAUCUCCUACAAAGGAAAGUUGCAGCCCAUCAGAAGCAGAUGACACAAAAGCACUGAUCGAUUCAAACAAGUGUUCACCUUUGGUUAACAUAACUGGACCUCUGGACCAUUCUUCACCUAAACGGCAAUGGGACCAGCUAUUCCCGGACACAAUGCAGGCAGGGUCUCACUUGUCUCAUUCACGGUCAAAAGAAAGCAUUUGUAGCAUGAGACGAGCAUCUUCAGUGCAUGAUAUUGAAGGAUUUACCAUUCAUCCCAAAAGUGUUUUCAGAGACCGACAUGCAAGUGAAGACAAUGGUCGCGAUAUCAAAGGCCCUUUUAAUCAUAUCAAAUCCAGUCUUUUGGGUUCUACAUCCGAUUCAAACCUGAACAAAUACAGCACAAUCAACAAAAUUCCACAGCUCACUUUGAACUUUUCAGACAUAAAAAAUGAAAAAAAGGCGUCAUCACCUCCAUCUUCUGAAAAGGCCAUUAUAGCACCCAAGGUUAAGGAGCGAACGCACAAUGUUACGGAAAAGGUUACACAGGUCCUCUCACUGGGAGCCGAUGUCUUACCGGAAUACAAACUUCAAACACCUCGUAUCAAUAAGUUUACUAUAUUGCACUAUAGCCCAUUCAAAGCCGUAUGGGACUGGCUAAUUUUAUUGCUUGUUAUAUACACUGCCAUUUUCACACCCUACUCAGCUGCCUUCCUACUGAAUGACUUAGAGGAGCAGAAGAGGCGCGCGUGUGGAUAUUCCUGCAACCCCCUGAAUGUUGUAGACCUAAUGGUAGAUAUCAUGUUCAUAAUCGAUAUACUCAUAAACUUCCGGACCACAUACGUUAAUCAUAAUGAAGAAGUUGUCAGCGACCCUGCAAAAAUAGCGAUUCAUUACUUCAAAGGCUGGUUCCUAAUAGAUAUGGUCGCAGCAAUACCUUUCGAUCUUCUGAUUUUUGGAUCUGGCUCAGAUGAGACUACCACCCUCAUUGGACUUUUAAAGACUGCAAGGUUACUCCGUUUGGUCAGAGUUGCAAGGAAAUUGGACAGAUAUUCAGAAUACGGUGCUGCCGUCCUAAUGCUGCUCAUGUGCAUUUUUGCAUUAAUUGCUCACUGGCUAGCUUGCAUCUGGUAUGCCAUUGGCAACGUGGAACGACCUUACUUAAUUCACAAGAUUAGUUGGUUGGAUGCUUUAGGAGAUCAAAUAAAGAAACCGUACAACUACAGCGAUCCCAGUUCUGGCCCGUCUAUCAAGGACAAGUAUGUGACAGCCCUUUACUUUACUUUCAGCAGUCUGACAAGCGUGGGCUUUGGAAAUGUGUCGCCCAACACCAACUCGGAAAAAGUAUUUUCCAUUUGUGUUAUGUUGAUCGGCUCAUUAAUGUAUGCAAGUAUUUUUGGAAAUGUGUCUGCAAUAAUCCAAAGAUUAUAUUCAGGAACUGCACGGUACCACAUGCAAAUGCUCCGAGUAAAAGAAUUCAUAAGAUUUCACCAAAUUCCCAAUCCUUUACGUCAGAGGCUUGAAGAAUACUUUCAACAUGCGUGGACCUACACCAAUGGGAUAGACAUGAAUAUGGUACUCAAGGGAUUCCCAGAAUGCCUGCAAGCAGAUAUUUGCCUGCAUCUCAAUCAAACAUUGCUACAGAACUGCAAGGCAUUCAACGGAGCGAGUAAAGGAUGUCUACGAGCCUUGGCUAUGAAGUUUAAAACCACACAUGCGCCCCCCGGAGAUACUCUCGUUCACUCAGGAGAUGUGCUCACGGCGUUGUAUUUUUUGUCAAGGGGCUCUAUUGAGAUUCUGAAAGAUGACAUAGUAGUGGCAAUUUUAGGAAAGAACGAUAUUUUUGGAGAGAUGGUCCACCUUUACGCCAAACCUGGAAAAUCAAAUGCUGAUGUACGAGCUCUGACAUAUUGUGAUAUGCACAAAAUCCAAAGAGAUGACCUUUUGGAAGUUUUGGAUAUGUAUCCAGAAUUUUCAGAUCAGUUUCUCACAAAUCUGGAGUUGACUUUUAAUUUAAGAGAUGAAAUCUCAAAGGCUGCGCUCCUAAGAUCACAAACAGAUGCUGAAUAUGAAGGAGAGAACUGCAAACUUCGAAGAAGGAAAUUGUCUUUUAAAGGAAGAUCAGAUGAAGACGCCAGUAAGGACAACAGCCAAGAUGGUUCAGACAAUUCCAUAGAUGACCUGAGAAAUUAUUCCUAUAACAAGACGAAUGCUGAGAAACGGAGAAGUGGAUCGUCUUCGUUGGCCUCUUCCCUUACUGAGCAGAAGCCGUUGUUUGCAGAACUUGGUGGCCUUAGCUCUGCUUUCCCAAAAACUCCAGCACCUCAGUUUGAAGAAGCUGUGUGCCCUUCUGAUAAGAUCACCUUUACGAAAAGAAGCCUGUCUUACCGAGAUAUAGCAAGCCCAAGAUGCUGGGAGAAAGAAAACGUCAGGCCACAGCAGAGCAUAACCAACGCACUGAACAAUGUAGCCUGGGGGAUCAGCGAAGGCGACAAUGAGCUGACGUACGGAGAAGUGGAGCACAGGUUAGAUCUAAUGCAGGAGCAGAUGAACAGGUUAGAAUCACAGAUGACCGCUGACAUCCAAGCUAUUCUACAGCUCCUGCAGAGAUCGUCCUCACUUGUUCCCCCAGCCUACAGCAUGGUAACUGCCAAUUCAGAAUAUCAGAGGCCGCCAGUCAGACAAGUGAACAGUCAGCAUCCCCGUGCGUCUAUCAAAACAGACAGGAGCUUUACUCCAUCAUCACAGAGCCCUGAAUUAGUGGACUUUGAAAAGCCCACCCCAAAAUCCAAAGAAUCCAUUUCUAACACGAUUCACCUAAAUGCAGCCUCGGAGGACAACCUGACGUCGCUCCUGGAUCAAGAGCGCCAAUCUCCUCCACUAGAGUUACAGCCGAGGCAAUGCACAACAUAUCUGAACCCAAUGAGACACACAUCUCUACCAGAUUCUUCCAUGCACCACAAAGGGAACAUGUCCCUGCACAGGCAUGAAUCUGACCCUGGUCUUCCUGGAAAAUAAUCCAAAAGAGUUCAUUUUCUAAGUACCUUCAAAUUUAUUUAAUGAAGUCAAAGCCUCGAUAAAUGCCCCUAUUUGUGUUUUGAACCUUAGGGAUGAAACUGUAUGUACAUAAAUAUAAAUGUUAAUAUUGAGAAACUGAAAGUCCAUACUUGAACAUAAUUUAUUUUUUAAUUUUAAUAGGUCUAAAACUCUGUGCAGAUGAUUUGUUUGUAAUUUAUCCUUACAGCAGUUGGGGUUCAGUUUUUCCUGAUAUACAGCUCCAAAUCUGCUGGGUAAAUGAUUAAAUUCUGUCUGCUGCCGCCACUAGAGGGAGCUUAGGAGCUUACUGAAUACAGUUUUUUUUUUUUACAUUGAACUCCAUAAUAAAACAGUAUGCAAUAAGCUCCUGAGCUCCCCCUUGUGUUGGCUGCAGGGAGUGAAUGUUCCAUCAUUCAACUCUGGCUACCUGUUGCAGAACUACUGGUACCACCACUGGACUUCUAUUUUAAACAUCUACCUCAGCCCAUGGGGCUUUUGAAAGGUUCAAAAUUCUGAAUCCUAUAAAUAGAAUCAAUUUUAAUCUGAAAGACAAAUUUUCCAAGCUGAAUUGGUUUGGGAAAAAGCUCAUGCCCAAAUAUAAACCAUUUGGUUGUAUGUAUAGGUAUAUAAUAAUAAGCGUUUAUACCCUCAUGAUGCUGAUCAGGUGAAGCGGCAACAAGCCGACUUCUCCUUCUUACGUUAUUUACUGAGAAAAGUCUGAUUAAACCUUUAAAGGAACAAUUGAGAGGAUGAAAUUAUUACAUUUUUUUAAUCCAUUGCUACAUUUAGCAGAGAAAGCACUUUGUUCAAAUAUGCUAAUGAGAUGUUGUGUGCACCCUAGCUUUUCGGGGCACACAAGUUCCAUCCUUCUUCAUAGUAAGCCCCUUCUUUCUUUUUUUGAUUGACAGGGCUAGGCAGCGCUGGGGUCCUAGGUUCCAAUCUGACCAAGGACAACAUCUGCUCGGAGUUUGUAUGUUCUCCCCGUGUUUCCUCCCAUACUCUAAAGACAUACUGAUGGCGGGGAACUUAGAUUGUGAGCUCUGCUGGGGACAGUGAGUGAUGAUAAUAUAUGUAAAGCUCUUUGCUACUAUCAAUUAGGAAGGGAAAAGAGGGGCUUGUUGUGAAUAGGGAUGGAACUUGGGAGCACUCAGCAUAUUUGAACAAAGCUUUAUUUCUGCAAGCCCCACGUGCCAAUCUGCUUAGUUUUACUGGAAAAACAAGCUGAAAGACUUUAUAUAAAGUUUUAAUCACCAAAUCAUGAAAAAUCUCUAAACAGAAAAAAAUCACAUGUAUUAUCAGUAAUCAUGGAGGAGAUGUUGGGAAGGGUAAAAAGUUAUCAGCUAUCACCCUGUGUACAAGGCUCACCCACUACCCCCAAGGCAGGUCAUUAGUCCCAGGCGCUUUCUGUUCUGCACCACUACGUGGAUACUAUCAUUCUCAAGCGGUGAGGAUAGUGACCGGUAGGCUGUGAGUUUGGCCUAGUUCACACAAACGUUUUUUUUGCGAGUGUACGGGCCGUUUUUUUGUGUUCCGUAUCCGUUCCGUUUUUGC